AUGACUGUCAGAGAUUUUGGUAUUGUUGACAUGGAUCAAUCAGAUAACGUUGUUACAUCCUAUAUCAUUAGUACAAACAAGACAUUGGCAGGUAGAACUUGUCAAAAUACUGCAGCUAAUUUGAAAGCCCUUGGAGGAACUGCUCAAACCCAAACAUUGGUAAAUGGUUCUGAUAAUAGAUUGUUAGCUGUUGCAAUGGCACGUGCUCUAAAUUGCACUCCAUACAUGGCCCCUGAUUUGGCCAAUAAUGGUCAAUUGACUCAGUCAUUGGCAUUGGACGAGAUUCAUGCUAAAUUGAAACAAAAAGCACCGAUUGCUCUUCUUCCAAAAGGAAAUCCAAUGGUAAGAAGCAAUGAUCAAGCAAACCUUGAAAAACUCAACUUGUACAGAGCUGCUGUUUUUCAACCACAAGUUUCCAGUGUUGCAUUUGCUUCCACUCGUCUCUAUUGUAAACAUUACGCAGUUGUGGCACCUGCCAGAAUAUUCCUCGACAAGUCUAUCACUUUGAAAUAUGCAAGUCCUGACACUGGAGUUGCCAAUAAUUUAUUCACAUUCCUAGCUCAGAGAUUUGUGAAUAGUUGGGAAGGAUUGAAAUGUGGUUGCAUUCUCGAUAUGCCUUGUCCAAUUUCUAUUGUUGUGGAUAAGAAUGGAGUAACUACAGAUGCUAGUUUAUCCACAAUGAUGGCUAGAUCUGUAAAUGUUGAUUCUUUGAUGGAUCAAAUGGUUUUGGAAUUUGAUGGCUACAUGGAUGAAAACAAUACAUUGGAUGUAAGAGCUCUAGUUAGUGAGUCAAAUAGUGUUUUUACCAACAAUGGUCCUGUGUAUAUUCUUCUUACCAUUGUUGUGUCUAUCAUGUUCAAUCUUUUGUAA